AUGGCGGACACAACACACAUCCAGAAUGAGCCAGACGAUUUCAAAUCACUCAUUCCUGAAGUCUACCUGCAACCAAGCGCAGUGAAAUUGGAGAAUUUACCAGAAGCGCAAGCUUCGCGGCCUCUGCAAGCACCAGAGACUUCCCAGCAGCAGAGUGAUUCCCAGGACGAAGGCGAUUCGCUGAGAGCACGAGCAGAAGCCGCUGAAGAGCGUACAAGCACAGCUGAGGACAAAGUCCAGAGACUCAAGGCUGCUUAUUACUCUUCUCUGAGCCAGUGCAGUCGAGCACUCCCCAUCCGCAACGCUCUCCUCCGCCAAACAAUUGAGCGAGUCCUUAGAAAGGCACGCUUGAAAAAGAGAAUCCUCCAGAUGGUAGAUGACUUAUCCAAUGAGUUGGUCGACUGUCAAGAGCACGCAUUUGCUGCAAGAUUCUUAACGGCUACUGGUAAAGAUGAGGCUCAUUUCGUGCAUCCUGCGUUCUGGAAGAACGUUGCGGUUUGCCAGAGUGCAUCGGCCAGCCCGGACUGUGAAAGGUCCGCAGUCAUCUCUCUUGGCGCACUGUAG